AUGACACUUUCUUAUAUGCGAUUACUAGUGAUCACGCACUAUAGCAUCUCUUUAUUGGCUGACCUAUUGGAACCAAAUGUCUCUUUCAUUUCGCUAUUGUCACGUCAGGAUUCAGAGGGCCGUCGGCUGGACAAGGGUUGCUCGCCGCCGACGAGCACGUGGGAGGUGCUCCUUCACUCCGCAGACGGCCGAAUCCGCCUUAGUGCGCCUGUCACGCACGCUGCCUACGAGGGGUACCACGUGGUGCGUGUGUGUUGGCGGGAUUUGGGACCGGUCAUGUCGUGCUAUCGUCUACUAGAUCCAGGCGAGUACGUGGUGUCCGUGUACCUGACGGGCGUCCAUGCCUCCUCACUUAACCCGUCGUCCCUCCCUCCCGAUUCCCUUCCCCAUCACCAGUCAUGCUACCGUCUGCUGGAGCCAGGCGAGUACGUGCUCUCCGUGUACCUGACGGGCGUGCAUGCCGCCUCGCUGACGGGCAGCAGGGACGAGGAAAAGGCCCUGAGACACCUCAAGUUCCAGCUAGUCAACCAAUACAACGUGUCUGCGCAGGUAGGGGGUGGUUUUGAGUUGACUCAAAAGAUUUAUAAACACGAUUACGCUCGCCUGCAUGCGUCACCUGCCAGCUUUCAGCGCGCAGGUGCUGGAAGAAUCGAUUCCAAGAACAUUAGUCUUUUCCGCUGUGUGUGUAUGCAGCCGUCGGACCCAGAGGCGUACAAGAAGGAGUACGCUCGCCUGCAGGGCACUGCCAGCCUGCACGGCACAGACCCGGAGGCGUACAAGAAGGAGUAUGGGCGCCUGCAGGCUGCGCUACCAGGCUGCACGGCACAGGGCAAGAGGUUUCUGGCAGUGCGUGACAGCCUGCAGUGGGUGUUCUUUUCUCACACGUCCACUGUGAUCCAUCUCUCAAUAGCUCUACCCCACCAUAACCCUUACCCCGUUUGCCCCCCCUCCACCAGUGCUGCACGCACAUGCCUGAAGGGAAAGCGACUGCUGGUGGUGGGGGACAGCCAGCAGUGGGUGCUCUUCUCGCACCUGCUCUCCUUCCUCUCCUCCUCUUCCCGAUGCCGCCUGCUGCAAGGCCUGGGCGACCGCCGCUCUUCCCUUGUUCGCCUCAGAUGUGACAAGGGCGUGCUGGGUGGAGGAAAGGUGAGCGCGGCGUUGGAUUGGAGGGAAGGGCGUGUUGGGUUGUGGGGAUGGGAAGAGGCAGAGGACAGGAAAUUGCGCACAUGCACGGCCCUGUGCUGGGUACCGGGGUCAGAGGGGCAGCACGUGGCAGUGCACCACACCUACUUCGCCCUUACUAUUGCGCACAUGCAGGGCCCUGUGCCGUGGGUGCCGGGGUCAGAAGGGCAGCACGUGGCAGUGCACCACACCUACUUCGCCCCCACUGUCACCGCCACCUACUAUGGUGCAGAGGGCAACGGAUUUGCUGUUGCAAGCCGCCUUGGCCCCGCUGUUUCCACCACCUACUAUGGCGCAGAGGGCAACGGGUUUGCUGUAGCAAGAAUACCAGUGGAUUUGAAUGCGACCGCACCAGAUUCAGCUUCCCUCAACGACAGGAAGCGCAGGCGGGACCUGAAUGAGCGUGCUGCAAUCGGUAGUGAAAUGCCAACCGGGAGCAGCAGGAGGCGGAGCGGAGACAGAAGCCAAGGAGGAGCAGAGCAGUAUGAUUCAUUGGAAGGCCGGGAUGUGCUCGACAUGUCAGCUACAGACGAGGACCCUCGGGAUCUCCGCACAGCGAGCAGGAUUCGGGAGGAGGAACAAGAGAGGGAGCGGCAGCGGGCGGCAGAUGCCGACCAGAUUGUGGCGGUGUUUGUGGCGCACUCGAACGCGUCAGAGCCGUUGUACAGGGAUUGGAUGGUGAACCACACGCGACGUGGCCCAUUGGCCAAUGAGCACGCGCCGUUUGAUUUUGUGCUGGCGUCCAGCGGGCUGCAUGACCUGGCGGCGUUUGAUUCACCAGAAGAAUAUGCCGCUGCACUUGAUCUGGGUGGUUGGAUGCUUUUUGCUCGAGCCAUUCGCCAGUUUCUUUAUCCGUGUGUGUGGCCAUGGUUCGUUACAUAUUAUAAGAGCGGUAUAUUAUGUCGUUCUCUCCCUGCAGACCGGGAGUUUGUGGCUUCGGUGCGCUUUGCUGUGAAUGGCGGUAUGGGGGGCCCUGGCUUGGCAGUGGUGUGGUUGGGGCCGUGGGCGGUGCAGCAGUCAGCUGUUGCUCCUGGCCUGCUGCCUUCCAUGAACCACCCCCGCCUCUCGGCAUUCGACGCCGCCGCACACAGCCUGAUCAAUUCAUGGAAGGUUCCUUUCAUCUCAACCAUACCCAUGACACUCUCGCGUCCGGACUUGUCAAAAGAUGGCACACACUAUUCUUGGCCUGUAUCCAUGGCCAUGUUGGAGCUAUGGCUUGGCUCUGUAUGCCCUGUGCAACCUACCUUAAAAGACUGGCUAGGAGUUUCGUCGGCAGCCAUGUCGUCCCUUCUCGCGAACCUUCCGUCUCGCGGCAAUUUCUCCGCGGCGGCGUGCACGCUGUCGUCGUCGAUCCCGGUGUACAUCUGCGACCACGACACGUCUCCGCCGUCCGAUCAGAUCAUCACGACCGAUCCAACGAACAUCCUGCUUCGCGCGCUCACCAUGAAGAAGACGCGCGACGCGGAAGCAGCAAAGGCGGCGCAAGACAAGGGGAAGAAGACAGCUUCCGGUGCUUCUGGUGCCUCUGCGUCUGGUACCGGUGCUGCUGGUAUUUCUGGUUCUGCUGCUGCUGGUACUGGCGCUGCUGGUGCUGCUGUAGCGGCUCACGACACCAGAUCAUGGCAAUCAGGACUCCAAGAUAAAGGCAAGAGGCCUGCCACAGGUGAUCCCGGUCAGGACGACACGAUUGGUGCGACCAGAUCCGGCGGGAGACCGGCGAAACGCGGCCCGGGCGUGGGGAGCAGCGGCGGCGGUGGCGGAAUGGAGCAGGAUCGGGAAGCGGGGCGGACUCUUAAGGGGAUGACGAGCGAGCGGGAUGUGGAUGGGCUGACUGUUGAAAGGUUGAGAGCGUGUUUGAAGGAGAAGGGUUUGUCGAUCAGAGGGAGGAAGGAGGAGUUGGUUGCCAGGCUGAAGCUGGCUCUGGGGUUGAAUUCCAGUUAG